AUGGAUGCAGAGAUGAUUUGGGUGAACACAAACUCAUCCCUCGAACGGAAGCAAAGUCGUUUUACCUUGCUCAAAGACUGUGAUUUGGAUCUGCGGAAACCAGUGCUGCGUUACUGGGCGAAGAAGAAUCCUCACAAUCCGCGCUAUGGUGAUAUGAAGCUAUAUCUUAAAUUCAAGGUGGUUGAGCGAUGCUUAGAAAUAUUACGGUAA